AAGGUAGCCUAUUUGUCUAAAUAUUGUCUAGAAUUACUACGUAGAGAAGAAAAGAAACAACACCAACUAACCUAGUUACCUCUAGUGAUAACUAGUAAUUAUAGGAACAUGUAACUAUAUAUAUAGUAUAGUGGCGACCUUGAUAUAAUGACCAGGGCUGAAAAGCUUGGCUCUCGUUUAUUUUCAAAUCAAAGGCGGCAAGAUUUCCCCUUCGAUUCAUCUCUCUAUUUCUUGUCAGCCUAUUCUCGUGCUGGAGUUCUCAUCCGGCUCGCCGUCGUUCGUUACAUUGCUGGAAAUAUUUCCAUACAGUCGUUCUUGCUUAUUAUUAUUGCAACUAAUUUUUAAUCUUUGUGCAUUCACUUCUAUUCCUACGUUAACAUAAAUCGUUUAGAUACCUAACUAGUUACCUCUUAUAUUGUAACUAACUAAUUAUCACCAAGAUGGCUUCGAACGAGAAUCCACAGCCGACAAUUCAGACGAGGGAUGAGAAUGAAGUUUCGUCUGUGAGCAGCCCAACUUCAGCAAUCCACGAGAACGUUCCGGCUCCGGCAACGAGAGACCAGCUUGGAGAACCUGUUAAUGGGGGCGCACCGCCGAUGCCAGCUAGGACAGCAGGAGAUCCAACUACUCAACCACGAUCGCCUGCACACCAGCAGCCACUCCCACAACCGUAUCCUCAGUAUCCGUCACCUUAUGGGCCAUAUGCCUACCAGCCUCAACCGUACCCGUGUGCGCAGGCUGUUCGAGUCCAUCCUCCUUAUUCAAAGUCCUGGGCGGCCAACAAGCUCGUUCUCACAGUCUUCUCGAUUAUAUUCGCUAUCAUAAUCCUGGCCUUAUCAUGCGCCUUCCUUGAUGAUGAUGCUGGUGCCGAAGGCAUGGUACUAUAUGCCCUUCCCAUCACCAUCGCUGCCAUCCUAUGGAACGGUGCUGAGUUAAUCACCUUUGGUAUUCGCUCACGGAAGGACGUUAAACGAGGGAUUCACCCAGGGGCACACGUCGCCCUGCACCUCUGCUUCUGGCUCGCCUGCGCAUUCGCCGUUCUUAUUACGGCUUCGAUUUCCCUCUCCGUACAGGCUAUGAUCAGAGAUUGCGCCGAUGACGAAACCGAGCGCUAUUCGUAUUAUAGCUAUAGUUACUGUCGCCGUAAUGAUAUCGAACUAUACAGGAACGGCACGUAUCUGCCCAUGAUCCAAGCCGUCCUUGCUUUCUUCUGCUUGGCAACCAUCGAUCAUUUCAUUCUUUUCGUCAUAGCAUGCAUCGAUACGCACAAACGGAAUAUAACGAGGCCUGCAGGCGUUGUUCUACCACCUAUGUUGCCGGCAGGAGGCAUGUACUAUCCACCUCCGCCACCACCAGGUACUACUCCUUACUAUCCGUAUCCGGUGGCGAUGCAGUCGUUAUCGCAACCACCACAACAGUCGCAGGCGGGACAAGUGCGAUUUGGUCCAGUUCCCAACGGGAUUGGUGCCGUAGCACCAGCCGCCCCUCAAGCCAACCCGGUCGGACAGAAUUACCAAAGCCUCGCCGGGUUUUACGCACCGGCACCACCGCAGCCUUCUUAUUUGCCAGCUCAGCCCGCAACAGGCUCGAAUAUCGAAAAGGUCGUGCCCUCUACUUCGGCUGUACCUGGUCAAGCAUCAUGAUGUAAGAGCACCAACAAGGCAAUUUCUGUUUUUAGCAUUUCAUAAUGACCUGAUACCCUGCGCUUGAUUGUGUGAGAUCAAAUGAGAUAAGACGUGUCUGUAUAGCUGUGAGCAGUUGUGGCUUGUUUUGGCUUGUCAUGUUAAUACUAUUGAUACCCCCCUGAUUGCGUUGUAUGUGAGGUCUGAAUCUGAAGAACUUGUUACGUUAGUUUACAGCCUUAGGCAUCAAGGAUUAUCAUUUAUUUAAAGCUUGCGCCAUGUCAACUCAAUGUGUCCGUGGUAUGGAAUGAAAUAGAGUAUCACGUGUGAAAUCUUGACUUGAAUCUUGACAUGCUUCGAUGAACUCGCGAAUCGCAUGAUAACCGUAGCAUCAUCUCUGAUCGUGACAAGUUGAUAGGUACGCGAGGCGGGGUCAAGUUGUCUUCUCGUUUGUAGUGCUUGUGAUGUCUAGGGGAUGUCUAGGGGAUAUUGUUUCUUCCCCGCCCUGCAUCAAUUUUUGACUUGACAGGUCACUCCUUGAAAGCUGCCCCCUAAACCGCUGGUAUGUAUAUAUUUUGCGUUACGGCACCUCCGGGGACGCGCAACCCAUUUGCUUAGCUGACAAAUGGAUAGAGUUUUGUUGUUUUCGUGAUGCCUAAUAGUUACAC